AUGGUGUCAUGCUAUGUUGUUCAAUAAGUCACAAAGCGUGGCCUCCGUUGGAUGGCGACAGUCUACCAACAACAAAGGGCGCAACGUGACAAUGCGAUGCGCGUCACAAUAGAAUGACGUUAUAGAUAGCUUGACGCGAUUUCGCGUAACUACCGUAACACAGACAGUCUUCUCCCCGCCAGAAAUGACUGCCUGUCACGUUAUGCGUUUUACGAACCCCGUAAGGGCUUCAAUAUUGGAUCCGUUUCCGGUAACAACUUACCAACAGGGUUACACCGGUCAUGCAGACGUCCUGCCCAUCAUCAAGUAUCACCAGAUGUCAUCAUUUGUUCAUGCGGGACUAGACCAGCAUCUGAAAAAACAGCUCUCCUUAGAUCCCAUGGGCCCAGCGAGAACGUGUGCCAGGAACAAAGAAGAAUACGUCUUCAAGAAUCGGAACUUGGAAAAAAAUCUGGACCUCAAACUUGCUUUCAACUCACCACUGAGAGAGCUCGUCCAGUCAACCAAGCCAACUCGUAACCGCGAGACCGAGGCGAGACCAGCCGAAAAGAACCACGAGUUUGAAACGAAAUUCGGGAAAAUGGAUAUGAACAUGGUCAACAAGCUGGUCAACCAUAUCCGCUGGACAUCCACAACAGCGGACGCUGGUCAAGAGGAAUUCGCUUCCAUUCCAGUCCCCGAGAUCCGUGCUCCAGAAACUACUCUUGAGCCAAAAGCGGAUUUGGUGCGCUUGCAUAGCCGGAAGUACGAGGCAGCCCCAGCCGACUGGCAGAAGUGUAUAUACUGGGAUUGUGUGCAACCGCGCGGAACCGUCACACAUGGUGACCUGCUCGAGAAAACGCAUGGCCAACCGGAAAAACUUUUCGUAAAGAGGAAAAGCCUGACGGGCGGUUACCGGGAAGAAUCCGAAAGGAUACGAAAAAUGUCAAAGGAGAAGAUGCUUGCCAAUAUAUAUGUUCGUCAGUGCCCGGGCUACGCUGGAUUCGUACCCAGAGCUCCACCGGAAGGACAAAUGGAGCGGAAGUUAGAAGGACCGCACAUGGUCAGCACAAUGAAGGCCACCUACAGAGAAUUGCCAGCAUCGACAUAUGAGAAACAGCAGAAUGCUAGAAAAGGACCAUUCUCCAAAACGGUGACCUUGACCUAUCCAUUUAAUCCCUACAAUAAGGUCGUCCAGCGGUGCGUCUUGACGGAAAGUCAUUCCAGUGACGCCACAGGGUUAUUUGAUAUAGGUCACUAGGUCAUUGGGAAUAAAUAAAGGCAAUAGAAACUAUAUGGAGAUAUAUAAACGUUAUACGCAGUUAAAACUUCGAAUAAAAGUGUUUAAUUCUAAAUUGAAAAUAAUAUACAAUUAUGAAAGAAAUUGAAUGUAAAUAAUGUUUAUAAAUGUUAAAUCUAUUAUGAAGAAUAAACCUAUAGAAAUCUUGAAACAGAACUCUGGCUUGUAUCUUGAAACCUCAAUAUAGUGUUCUGCUAAUAGAACAGAAUUCUAGCUUGUUACUGAAAACCACAUCAUAGUGUUGUCCGUAUAUUUAAGAAUUAUUGUGAUGAUUUCCUACUUCUGAAUUUUAGAAGGGUCUUAAGGCCCUGUCACACUAUAGCGUUUUGUUGGACGUUUGAUUGCGUUUUGAAAAAUUGGAGAAACGUCGGGGAACGUCGACGUUCUUCAAAUUGAGUUUCUAUGUCAACGUUGUUAUGACGUUCUUGUAACGCUUGGGUAACGCUCAGCUAACGUUCACUCAGCGUCAGGCGACAUUUGUGGUCGCAAAUAGCAGCAAAACCUAGCGUUCCAUUGCGUUCUUAGCGCUUUGAUAGCGUUCCUCUAACGCGUAAGUAGCGUUUUGAUAGAACGUCGUGAAUUUUUGUGCACACCCAAAAAUAGUUUUCACCCUCAGCGUUCGCCGACGUCCCUCUACGUUCCCCAACGUUUGCCGACGCUCGUCUAACUUUCUUGUAACUUGUUUCUAACGUUCUCGACGUUCCUAUGCGUUUCGCAACACGUUACUCGAACGCUGGUGAGAACGUCGUAGUGUGACAGGGCCUUAAACAACUUAAGAAGAAUGCGUUACAAGAGACAUUCUAAUUGACAUGUUUGUACGCUUCAGCAUUCCUUCUAAUGACUUUUAGUUGCACUGGUGACAGUGACCUGCUACUUUGCUACAGUAGGUAUGUUGGGUCCUACAGUUUGUAUUUUGGAGCCUAAAAUAGGUAGGUUGGGGCCUACAGUAGGUAUGUUGGGGCCUAUAGUAGGUAUGUUGGGGCCUACAAUAGGUAUGUUGGGGCCUACAGUAGGUAUGUUGGGGCCUACAGUAGGUAGGUUGGGUCCUACAAAAGGUAUGUUGGGGCCUACAAUAGGUAAGUUGGGGCCUACAGUAGGUAUGUUCGGGCCUACAGUAGGUAGGUUGGGGCCUACAGUAGGUAUGUUGGGGCCUACAGUAGGUAUGUUGGGUCCUACAGUUUGUAUGUUGGGGCCUACAGUAGGUAUGUUGGGGCCUACAAUAGGUAAGUUGGGGCCUACAGUAGGUAUGUUCGGGCCUACAGUAGGUAGGUUGGGGCCUACAGUAGGUAUGUUGGGGCCUACAGUAGGUAUGUUGGGUCCUACAGUUUGUAUGUUGGGGCCUACAGUAGGUAUGUUGGGGCCUACAAUAGGUAAGUUGGGGCCUACAGUAGGUAUGUUCGGGCCUACAGUAGGUAGGUUGGGGCCUACAGUAGGUAUGUUGGGGCCUACAGUAGGUAUGUUGGGUCCUACAGUUUGUAUGUUGGGGCCUACAGUAGGUAUGUUGGGGCCUACAGUAGGUACGUUGGGGCCUACAGUAGGUAUGUUGGGGCCUACAGUAGGUAUGUUGGGUCCUACAGUUUGUAUGUUGGGGCCUACAGUAGGUAUGUUGGGGCCUACAGUAGGUACGUUGGGGCCUACAGUAGGUAUGUUGGGGC